GAUAUUUUCCACAAAAGGCGCAUAAACGUCGCGCGGAUAGUGGAAGACUUGUGAGUUAUCUGAAAAAAAAGGAUAAAUCAAAAGUAUUCUACGGCAUUGAUGAGAUGCAGUGAGGGCCAACGGCAAGGAGGAACCCAAGCAUCAGCUAGACACCCGAAAUUCCUGCCAGCGGCCAUGGCCAAGCCCCACUCGGAUGCGGAUGCCUCUGGCCUGGGCUACGCCUACCAGCUGCCGUCCGGCGGGCUACUGCUGCGCCUCAAAUCGUCGCUCUCGCAGUUCAGCGAUUUGUUCAGCGACUUCAGCAGGUACAUCUCGCCCGCCUAUCACCACGAUCGCUGCGAGCGAUCCGUCCACAUGCGGCUUUACUCGAUGCACAAGCGCGAGUUUGUCAUGGUCUUCCUGGGAUUCUUCACCUGCUUUGGUCUGGGCAUCGUCAUCGGGCUGACGGGACCGCCCAUAACUAGCACAUCAUCGCUGACUGCCCAACAGAUCCUGGCGAAUACCUCGCUGGCGCACAGCCCAACGGUCCUGGGGAAGGGACCAUUCGCCAUGAAGUCACCGCUAACGACAACCUAUUCCCAGCAAAUGUGGCUGAUAGCCAAGCUGGUGACGGACAACAACGAUGACGAGCGGUACGACAAGAGUUUCCAGGUGAGUGUCUCAAUAGAUGGCAUAAACGAGCAGCACAAGCCACAAAGUGUCCUCGGAUCUGGAGUGGCUCACAAUCGGACACGGCACUUGGUUUGCGUACGCAACGACUGCGAGGAGUUCACGGUGAUGCAUCUGGGAUUCCUUGACUAUGCCCACUAUAUAAUCACAGUGCGCUUCUACGGCUUGGAGUCAUUCCAUCAGAAGUAUAAUAUACGCAGCAUAACAUUUUACUUCAAGACUUACAGUCCGGAAUUCACGCAGAUUGAAAUCUGGUUUAGGUGCAUCUUUCUGCUGUUCACCUUUAUUGUCAUAUGCUGGUAUGCCCACACCUUGCGCAAGUAUCCGAUCUACGAUUGGUCCAUUGAGCAGCGAUGGUUGUCGGUACUCCUGCCUCUGCUCCUUUUGUACGACAAUCCCUUCUUUCCGCUAAUAUUCCUGAUGAACUCCUGGCUGCCUGGAAUGCUGGACGCCAUUCUGCAAGCGACGUUCCUUUGUGCUCUGCUUAUGUUUUGGCUGUGCAUCUACCAUGGACUGCGACAAAACGAGCGCAGCUUUGUGCGGUUUUACCUGGUCAAGGUGAUCGUCGUCCUGCCCAUUUGGCUGUGCGCCAUCGUCCUGGCCACAUGGGAAAAGUGCAACGAGCUGAGGGAUCCCACAUACAGUCACUUUGUGGAUACAAAAAACUACAAUGGUUUCAAGAUGUUCUUCUACAUCGCCUGCUGCAUGUAUGUACUCUAUCUUGUGCUGUUGCUACUGCGUGCGUACACCGAGCUGCGCUCCAUGCCGUACUUUGAUAUGCGCUUGAAGUUUCUCACGCUGCUCAUGCUGUUCGUCCUGUCCAUAUCCAUAACAGUGACGACGUGUCGCUUUGGCUUCGGCAUCCUCGAGGACAACUUUGUCGCCUCACUUAACACCACCUAUCGCAGUUCGGCGCAGUUUAUGUGCUUCUAUGGACUGCUUAAUUUUUACCUGUACACCAUGGCGUAUGUGUACUCGCCAGAUGGACGAUUCGCCCAGGCAGAGCUGGCUGUUACUAAGGAUAAUCCGGCUAUUUCCAUGAUCGACGAUUCUGACGAGGAUGUCGUCUACGGAUCCGACGAGGAGUCCCGCCGUCCGCUUACCUCUGUGGGCGGCGGUGCUGGAAAGAACGAUUACGACAGCGAUUGAUCGGCGAUGAAGUAUCGGUGUGAGAACGACUUCCCAAAUGUUCCAUAGCGCAACCGGAGUUAUAGUGCUAAAUGUGUACAAAAUAUUCUCUAAUAUAAUGCAUAAAUUAAAGAAAUUUCAGAAAAUUAA